UCAAUUUUAUUCUAAUCUUUUUAAAGACGAGGUCUCACUAUUAAAUUCAAUUAUAUUUCAAGACUAAAUCUUGGAAAAAGCUGUGAUCCAAUCUUGACCCUUAUUAUAUUUUCUCCUCCUUUAAAGUUGUGAAACUGACACUCUAAAAAACCUUUCUUUAUUCUUUGAUUGGUUCUUUGUGAAUUUUAGACAGUUGGGUCAUCUGGGAUAAUUUUGUUUCUUCUUCUUGAAUUUUAACUAGUUAAGAGAUACUUAUAAUUUUCUUGUGUUUGUUUUAGUAAAGGAUCUGUUUUUUUUUAAGUUUUUUUGAAGGGUUUUAAUUUUAGUCCACAAGUUUCUUUCUUUUUAUUGAAGUGGGAAACCCAUCAAACAAGUUCUUGAAAUCUUUUAGGUAGUUAGAGAUUUAGUAGUUGCGUUUUUGUUUUCCUUUCACGGGAAAUAAAGGGUUUGUCACAAGAAAGUAGCUUACAGAAAAGUUCAACUGUUUCAGUAAUUGCCGAGUCUUUGCCUUUUUUAAUCUCUCAGGCUCAGGAGUUCUUGAUUCUUGUGUUGGUGUGUUCUUGAUUCUUGUAAUUCUGAGAGAAACCAAGAAAAAGAUUUGUUUGUUUCUAUUAGUUUUGUAUAGUCUUGAUUCUUUUGUCACUAUGAAUCAAUCUGGAUCAGCAGCAGCAGUUGAAGUUGUUAAAGAUAGAAAUGGAAUUGAUCAGAUUGUUCUUCGUAAUCCUCGAGGAGCUUCUGUUCGGGUUAGUUUGCAUGGAGGACAGGUUCUUUCAUGGAAGACUGAACAAGGAGAAGAAUUGCUCUUCACUAGCAGUAAGGCGAUAUUCAAGCCACCCCAUCCAGUACGAGGAGGAAUUCCUAUAUGCUUUCCGCAGUUUGGAAAUAGUGGAUCGCUGGAGCAAAAUGGGUUUGCACGGAAGAAAAUUUGGGCGAUAGAUGAUAAUCCUCCUCCGUUGCCUUCUAAUGACUCUAAUGGCAAAACAUAUGUUGAUUUGCUACUUAAGCCUUCUGAUGAAGAUCUUAAGAUCUGGCCACAUAGCUUCGAGUUUCGUCUCAGAGUGUCAUUAGCAGCAGAUGGGAACCUGAACUUGCUAUCACGCAUCAGAAAUAUCAACUGCAAGCCAUAUAGCUUCUCAAUUGCCUAUCACACAUAUUUCGCCAUCUCAGACAUCAGUGAAGUGAGGGUUGAGGGAUUGGAAACUCUUGAUUAUCUAGACAACCUAUGUCAAAGAGAACGCUUCACCGAACAAGGAGACACCUUGACUUUUGAAUCUGAGGUGGAUCGUGUUUAUGUGAGCUGUUCAAACGUUGUUGCUAUUUUUGAUCAUGAAAAAAAGCGAACAUUUCAUGUGCGAAAAGAAGGACUUCCUGAUAUAGUGGUGUGGAAUCCAUGGGAGAAGAAAGCGAAAGCCAUUGCAGAUUUUGGUGAUGAAGAGUAUAAACAGAUGCUAUGUGUUGACGGGGCAGCAAUUGAGAAGCCAAUUACGCUAAAGCCAGGUGAGGAAUGGACGGGCCGAUUAGAACUCUCUGUUAUUUCUUCCAGUUGAAUAACUCAGUUCUUUCAAGAUUCAAGGCAUAACUAAUCUAAAUAAAAUGUUGUUUUUUGACAAGUAAUUUUUUCAUUUUUUUGUUGUGUUUGUAAAGACGAGGUAAAUAAAGAAAAUCAUAUUUACCUUGUUAGUCAAAUGGAGAUGUCUGUUUUAGUAUCUUCUCCAUGUGUCUUUGAAGAUGUAUAAGGAACUGAUUUUCCAGCAAAAUCAAUUUUAUGAAGAAUAUGCGUUUUAA